UCUGCCGAGCUGUUUUACGUGCGCGAGGGCGUCAUCAACGAGUACGCCCUGAACUUCGUGGUGCCCGUGCCGGCGCACAUCGACAGCCUGGCCUUCACUUGGCAGAGCCUCGGCCGACCGCUCCCUUACUCCGUGAGCCUGGACGUCAACAAUCGCGAGGCGCUGCCCUCGCCGCGCCUCAACAUGUCCGUGUCGGGCCAUGUGCCCACGGCGCCCGAGACCUGGAGCGUGCUGCUGCCCUGCUCCGGGGACGUGGCCGCCGAGGUGGACGUCGUGCUGCGCGUCAACGUGACCCUGGCCAAGGACAACAUCAAGGCGCUCACGUUCCGCCGCCGCAAGAUCUGCCUGAAAGCCGAUCGCACCGUGACGAGACCGGGGGCGGCGCCGGGCGCAGCUGGAGGCGGCUCGGCGGCGGGAGGCAGCCUGGGGGCGGCGGCGGGGACGGACCCCGAGCAGACGGCGGUGCCGCUGCCCACGGCGUCCGUGUUCUACAUCGCGGUCGGGUGCGCCUGCCUGCUCAUCGCCCUGCUCGUCACCGGGCUCACCAUCUACUACACGCGCUCGCGCAAGCUGCGCCGCCAGGGCGACAUGCUGCAGGAGUCCCGCCUGGGCUCGUCCAGCUCGUCGGCCCAGGGCCACGCCACCUUCCUGGCCGAGCCGGGGCUGCUGGCGGCCCCCGUCAACAACUGGACGGCCGCGUCGAGCUGCAAGUCGGGCAGCUACGCGUCCUUCCGCCGCCUGCCCGACCGGCUCGACAGGCUGCCGGCCUACACGUCGUGCUCCAGCGCCUACACGCCCCUGGACGAGCACGCGCCGCACUCGCGCUCGCCCGACCACCACGAGGACCUGCAGCAGCGCAUCGCCCAGCUCACCAUCCAGCGGUGCCGCGUCCGCCUGCGCAGCGUCGUGCUCGAGGGCACGUUCGGCCGCGUGUACCGCGGCUCGUACGCCGACGAGGAGGGCGUCGAGCAGGAGGUGCUCGUCAAGACGGUGACGGACCACGCGUCGCAGGUGCAGGUCUCGCUGCUGCUGCAGGAGGGCAUGGCCAUGUACGGCGUGAGCCACAAGAACGUCAUGUCCAUCCUGGGCGUGUCGAUCGAGGACCACACGGCGCCCUUCCUGCUGUACCCGCUCCGCAACCACCAGAACCUGAAGCGCUUCCUGCAGAAGUGCAAGCUGUGCCCCAAGGGCAUCGCGCACUCGCUGACCACGCAGGAGGUGGUGGACAUGGCUCUGCAGAUCACCACCGGCAUGCAGUACCUGCACCGCAAGAGGCUGCUGCACCGCGACCUCUCGGCCCGCAACUGUGUUGUUGAUGAUAAACUCAGAGUACAAAUCACAGACAAUGCCCUAGCCAGAGAUCUGUUCCCUGCAGAUUAUCAAUGCCUAGGAGACAAUGAGAAUCGACCUGUGAAAUGGCUGGCCAUUGAAAGUCUUUCCCACAAGACAUUUACUACAGCAUCUGAUGUGUGGUCUUUUGGAGUUCUACUUUGGGAGCUAACAACUUUGGCCCAGCAACCAUACGUUGAGAUAGAUCCAUUUGAGAUGGAAGUUUACCUUCGAGAUGGGUACAGAUUAGCCCAGCCAGUUAACUGCCCUGACGAAUUAUUUGCUGUGAUGGCUUACUGUUGGGCAAUGAGUAGUGAAGAGAGACCAACUUUCCACCAACUUAAUGCUUGCCUUCAGGAGUUCUACACUCAAUUGACACGAUAUGUGUAAGUCUUUUAGUUAAAGAUUGUCAAUUUUUUGUUAAGUUUGACCUUAAUAUAAAUUGAGAGUUCUUUAAAUAUUGUGAUAUGGUUGGUGUACAUCAUUUGCCACAAAAUUCAACUGUUCAUUUUUACCUGAAUACUCUAAAAAUGUGUGCAUCCAACAAAGUCAUCAGUCUUUACUGUUAUUUGUAUAACUGUGCCAGAACUAUAUAUCCAUUAGAAAAUGUGAUUGUUAUGUUAUUUGUCAAAUGUACAUUCAUAGUGUAGAUAUGAAUUAAAUCUAUGUAAAUGAAAUAUUUAUUAUGUUGUAUGUUAAGGAACAAAGUAACCUGUGAUCUCAAAGUUAGUUGUAAAGAGACUGUUAGGUCAAAAGAUGUAAUCAAACAUAUUCCUCUAGACUGUUUUCUAUUAAUUCUUUCUUGUUAGAAAAGGAAACAUACUUUCAAACUCCCUUCUUAUAUCACUGCCUGAUCACUGUCCUGAGAUCGGCAUCAUUUAAAUUUGUUCCAUAUUCUUUCACAGUGAAACCCUCUUAUAACCGACCUGUUUAUUACUUGCACCUAUCAAGUACCCAUGGUACUGGAGCAUGAUUUCAGUAGGAAAUAACUUAUGACUGUCCUAACUAACUGCCAUUGUACAGAUUUGUUUCUAAUGUCAAUUAGAAGUGUGUUAAAUCUUUCAAGUCAUUCAUAUAUUACGUUUUUGUACCAUUUGUGUAUUUUUUUGUCCAAUUUUCACAUUGUCAAGUAAUCUUUAAAAUUGUCAUUUAUUUAUCCGACUCGUUAAACUUGCCAGAAGUGGUAAGCACUAACGUAGAUUUUUGUAACAUUUUUAUAAAAACAUGUUGUCAGACUGCAGUAAGAAUUAGACACUAAAAUGUUUUCUUGUGCCCUUUUUGUUUUUGAAAGUUCAUUGAUUGACUCUCUUAUUAUUUACCUGUACUUGUGUUUGAAAAAGAUAAUUAUCAUUUUAUAAAUGGACAGUAUUUAGCCCUGACAAUGCUUACGUCAAAAUUUUGUUCUGUUUCUAUGUGUACAUAUGUUCUUGUGUGGAUAUGUAUUUUUGUAAAUUGUAUUCAGAUUUUUAUACUGUGUACAGUGUAUUAUUUUUCUUUUCGCCUGUGAAUUAAAAUGGGUUACUAAUUGAG